AUGUCCAAGACGCCGUCGACUUAUGCCACGCCAAAAUGGUGGAAAGAAGCCGUUAUCUACCAAAUCUAUCCGUCGUCCUUCCAAGACACCAACGGCGACGGCUGGGGCGACGUCAAGGGCAUCACAUCCCGCCUGGACUACCUGAAGGCAUUGGGCAUUGACAUCGUGUGGACGUCUCCGAUCUACAAAUCCCCCCAGGCCGACAUGGGCUACGACAUCGCCGACUACAAGGCCAUCGACCCCAUCUACGGCUCCCUCGACGACGUGGAUACGCUGAUCGCCGAGCUGAAGAAAAGAGAUAUGAAGCUCAUGAUGGACCUGGUGGUCAACCACACGUCCAACAUGCAUCCCUGGUUCCUGGAAUCUCGCUCGUCCAAGACCAACCCCAAACGAGACUGGUACAUCUGGAAACCGCCCAAGUCGGUCAGCGACGCCGGUGUGCCGGAACCGCCCAACAACUGGGCCCAGAUCCUGGGGGAAGCCAACUCGGCGUGGACCUACGACACCCGGACGGGAGAAUACUACCUGUCCAUCUUCACUCCCGAGCAACCCGACCUCAACUGGGAAAACCCCGACGUGCGUGAGGCCGUGUGGGACGUGAUGCGAUUCUGGCUCGACCGUGGCGUCGCCGGCUUCCGAAUGGACGUCAUCAACAUGAUCAGUAAGGUCCCCACGUACCCGGACGCGCCCGUCGUGCUCGAUCCCCUCACGCACCGGUACCAGCCGGGGACGCAGUUCUUCGUCAAUGGGCCCAAGCUGCACCGCUAUCUCGGCGAGAUGCACCGCGAGGUGCUCUCCAAGUACGACACCAUCACCGUGGGCGAAAUGCCCGGCGUCUCGGACGAGGACGAGAUCCUGCGCACCGUGGGCGCCGAGGCCGGCGAGCUGAACAUGAUCUUCAUCUUCGACGUGGUAGACAUCGACAAGCCCAACGUGCGCAUGGCCCUGAAGCCGUGGGACGUGCCGGAGCUCCGGUCGAUCAUCACGCGGUGGCAGCGGUGCAUGAUCGAGCGCGACGGGUGGAACUCGGUCUUCAUCGAGAACCACGACAACCCGCGCAGCGUGACGCGGUACACGGACGACAGCGACGCGCUGCGCGACAAGGGCGCCAAGCUGCUGGCCCUGAUGCAGACGACCCUCGGCGGCACCCUGUUCGUGUACCAGGGCGAGGAGCUCGGGAUGCGCAACGCCCCGCGCGACUGGGACAUCGACGCCGAGUACAAGGACAUCGAGACGGUCAACUACUGGAAGAAGUGCCGGCAGAUCUACCAGGACGACCCGGCCCAGCUCGAGCAGGCCCGCCGCAUCAUCCACCUCAAGGCCCGCGAUCACGCCCGCACGCCCUUCCCGUGGGACCGGUCGGAGAAUGCGGGCUUCUGCCGUGCCGGGGUGAAGCCCUGGAUGCGCGUCAUGGACGACUUUCAGGACGGCAUCAACGCGGAAGACCAGAUGAAGCAUGCCUCCGAGAACGAGAACGAUGGUGAUGACGACGGCGACAGCGACGACAACAACGAGGCCGAACAGCUGACGACCUGGCAAUUCUGGCAGCGCGGCAUCCGCGAGCGCAAGAAGCACGCCGCCGCCUUCGUCUACGGCGACUACCAGGAGCUCGCGUCGCCCGAGCACCGGGACGUGCUGGCCUACGUCCGCACCAGCGCCGAUGGAGAGGAGCGGUGGCUGGUAGUGCUGAACUUCUCGGGCAAGGACGUCGAGUGGACGUUGCCAGAGUCGGUGUCGCCCGUCGACGUCUGGGCCGGCGGCACGUACUCCAAAGGCCGGCCACGGAAGCCGCGCGAGGGCACGGUCCCGCUCAGGCCCUGGGAGGGGUUGUUGGCGAGAUGUCAGGGAGCAUGA